AUGGCGACUAUCAGGCCCAUGCGACCAAACGAUCUCCUCAGAAUAUCAUGCACAAACCUUGACCACCUCACGGAGACCUACAACAUCGGCUUCUACCUCGAUUACCUCACGAAAUGGCCGGAACUAUGCCAAGUUAUAGAAGGCACAGAUGGCGAGAUAGAAGGCUACAGCAAACUCGAAUCCUCCCCCUACGCACCCCCAAUAACACCCUACCACCCCUCCACCACCGGCCAAUCCUACCCAAACUACCUCCCCUGGCACGGCCACAUCACUGCGCUGACCAUCGCGCCUAGCGCGCGCCGCCUCGGCCACGCAACCGCGCUCUCGUCUGCGCUCGAGCGCGCCUCGGACGCCGCCAACGCCUGGUUUGUGGAUCUUUUUGUGCGCGCGAGCAACGAGAUUGCAAAGGAGUUGUAUCGCAAGAUGGGGUAUAGUGUGUAUAGAAGGGUGAGGGAGUAUUAUAAUGAUGGCGAGGAUGCGCUGGAUAUGCGGAAGCCGUGUGGGAGGGAUAAGGAGAGGGGGACGGUGAGGGCGGAUGGGGAUGCCUGGCUUGUUACGGCUGAUGAUGUGUGGUGA